GUGUGUAACGGGCUGGCGGAUUGCGCAGAUGGCAGCGAGGCCUCGGGCUGGCUGCCCUCGGACGAGCGGGACUGCGGGCUCUGGAGCCCCUGGGCCCCCUGGAGCACCUGCAGCCGGUCCUGUGGGACGGGCCUGCAGAUCCGCAGGCGGGUCUGCACCAGACGGGCCAACGACGUCCUGCGCCACUGCCACGGCGAGGAGACGCAAGCCCAGCAGUGCUUCGCCCUGGCCUGCCCAGUGGACGGUGCCUGGAGCGAGUGGGUGACGUGGGCGAACUGCACCCAGGACUGCCGCGGGGUGGUGGUGCGGCGCCGGGAGUGCAUCGCGCCCCGGAACGGGGGCCGGCACUGCUCCGAGCUGCCCGGAGCCUCGCCCAGCACGCUGGAGAUCAAGCCCUGCCAGCUGGAAGGCUGCCUCAAUGCCACUGCCUGCCCCGCAGGCCUGGCGCGCAGGCUGUGUGCCCCGUGCCCCAUGUCCUGUGCCGAUCUGGCCAGCAAGGGCAAGUGCAAGAGGGACAGGCCCUGCAGCCCAGGCUGCUGGUGCCCGGAGGGGCUGGUGCUGGACAGCGAGCAGCAGUGUGUGCGCCCCCGGGAGUGCCCGUGCCUGGUGGAGGGUGUGCGCCACUGGCCCGGCCAGCUGGUGAAGGUGAACUGCCGCAUCUGCGCCUGCCAGGACGGGCAGAUGAAGCGGUGCCGGCAGAACCCCGAGUGCACUGUUAACUGCGGCUGGUCGGCCUGGUCUCCCUGGGGCGAGUGCCUGGGCCCGUGCGGUGUGCAGAGCAUCCAGUGGUCCUUCCGCAGCCCCAACAACCCCAGCAAGCAUGGCAACGGGCGCCAGUGCCGGGGCAUCUACCGCAAGGCGCGCAGGUGCCAGACAGAUCCGUGCGAGGAGUGCGAGCACCACGGCCGGUCGCACCCCAUUGGCGACCGCUGGCGAUCGGGGCAGUGCCAGGUGUGCCAAUGCCUGCCCAACCUGACGGUGCAGUGCUCCCAGUACUGCCCCUACAGCACCGUGGGGUGCCCAGAGGGGCGGGCGCUGGUGGAGGGCAGGGGUGAGGCCUGCUGCUACUGCGCUGAAGCGGGUGAGAACAGGACCAGCACGCCUGCUGUCCAGACGGCGGGGGCCCCGGGCACCACCCUGGCCAGCCCGGCUGCCUCCACCAGCCCUCCUCUCGUCACCUUCCCGCUGCCCCCUCUCGGAGACCGGUGCUACGGCCCCCUGGGCUUGGCCUCCUUACCGGACAGCUGCUUCACAGCCUCCUCCCAGCAGCCGGAGAACCCUGCCCACGCCGGGCGCCUCAACCACGUGCUCCCGGGCUCGGACCUACAGGGCUGGGGGCCCCAGGCAGAGGUGUACCACGAGCUUCUCUCCAAGCCGCCCUACCUGCAGGUGGAUCUGCUGGAGCCCAGGAACCUCACAGGGGUGGUGGUGCAGGGGGCAGGCUCCUCGGACGCCUACGUUACCAACUUCCUCCUGCAGUUCAGCACGGACGGGCUGAGGUGGCACGAGUACCGGGAGGUCUCUGCGGACGCCCAGCCGGAGCCCAAG